AUGCAGGAAAGUCCUCACGAGCAUCAGCAAGCCUUGCUGCUAUCUCGCAUCAUCGGCAAUAUUGAAAAACUCAAUGAAUCAAUCAUGGUCAUGAACCGCAAUCUUCAGGAGAUCAACAUCCAGAACAUGAAUGUUGAGCUUGUAGCGCAGAUGUUCAAGAACUACCAGUCCAAUGUCCUGUUCCACUUGGAAGCGACGGACAACCUGAAGGAGCCAUCCUGA